AGUAACAAACCAAUGUGGACCCAUCCAAAACUAAUUUCCUCUUAAGACUUCAGGCGGAUGACUAAUUUCUUUAUUACCAUUUGACAGGAAAGGAAACAGCUCUUCCUGCUACUCUUCCCUGUUAGGGGAAAAAAAAAUCCUCCACAAUUUUUUUAGAGGCUCAACAGCAUUAACAAAGCCACUGCAGACUCAGAUAAAUAUGUCUAAUGAAGAAACGAAUACAUGGAGUGGGAAGAAAACGGCGUUAAGUGAAAACACGCUCUUCGGGAUGGGCAACCCGCUGCUUGACAUCUCAGCCGUGGUGGACAAAGACUUCCUUGACAAGUUUGGACUGAAGCCAAAUGACCAGAUCCUUGCUGAAGACAAACACAAAGCCCUGUUUACCGAAAUCGUCAAGAGAAAGAAGGUGGAAUACCACGCUGGCGGUUCUACCCAGAACUCUGUGAAAAUUGCUCAGUGGAUGAUCCAGAAACCGCACAAGGUGGCUACCUUCUUUGGGUGCAUCGGCAAAGACCACUUUGGGGAGAUUCUGAAGAAGAAGGCCGAAGAAGCCCACGUCGAUGCCCAUUACUAUGAACAGAACGAGGAGCCCACCGGUACCUGUGCAGCCUGUAUUACAGGGGACAAUAGGUCCCUUGUUGCUAACCUGGCAGCGGCAAACUGCUACAAAAAGGAAAAACACCUGGACUUGGACAGCAACUGGGAGCUGGUGGAGAAAGCCAAAGUCUAUUAUAUUGCGGGGUUUUUCCUGACUGUGUCUCCAGAGUCGAUCCUCAAGGUGGCGAAGCACGCUUCAGAGAACAACAAGAUCUUCUGCAUGAACCUCUCAGCUCCAUUCAUCAGCCAGUUCUUCAGAGAGCCUCUGAUGAAGGUCAUGCCUUACGUUGACAUCCUKUUUGGCAACGAGACGGAGGCGGCCACGUUCGCCAAGGAGCUGGGCUUUGAGACAGAUGAAAUUGCGGAGAUUGCAAACAAGACCCAAAACCUCCCCAAGGAGAACACAAAGAGGCAGCGAGUGGUGGUCUUCACUCAGGGCAAGGACGAUACUGUUGCAACUGUUGGUGACAAAGUGAUCAUGUUUCCUGUUUUGGACAUCGACCAGAAUGAUAUUGUGGACACCAACGGAGCAGGAGAUUCCUUUGUGGGAGGAUUCUUGUCAGCGUUGGUCCAGGAGCAAGCGUUGGAGGAAUGCAUCCGGGCCGGACACUACGCCGCCCAUGUCAUCAUCCGACGGGUUGGAUGCACCUUCCCAGAGAAACCCGAUUUUCACUGAUGAAUUUGAACUCUUUAUGUCUUCUUCACUAAAUUCUUAAACUUCACAGGUUUUAUGUACCUUUUUUUUUUUUUUACACACAACUGAUGUUUGGGACUAUUUUUUUCUGCUUGACUAUUUUAUCAAUCUUUUAAUGAGCAACACAGAUAUUGUAAAAUGAUUAAGUUAAUGAAGUAGUAUUAAAAAUUGGAUUUUAUUUAUGUACAAAACAAACAAAAUGUGUUGUUUGAGACUCAACAGAUUAAAAAGGUGGUAAAGAGUUUUGAAACAGUCACUACAAAAGACUUAAUCAUUAUUUUUGUGCGGUCUUCACCUCAUCAUUACUUUGAAAGAAUAAUCUUACACUUAAUGAAAAUGUAUUUAUUCAUUUAUGAAAGACACUGAUAAAUGAAAUCAGAGCAGCUUAAAACUAUUUUGUAGUAAAGGUUAAAAUUUCCUGCUUCUUUUUUUAUUUUUAUUUUUUAUGACAGACAAAUUUUGGUCAAAAUAUUUUUGAUUUACAUUCACUGAACCCACUCAAAACAUGAUCUGCUUGUUGGUUAGAUUUCUUAAUACGUUUUCACACAAUUUUUUGACCUGAAAUUGCGGAUGACACAUCUUGCUUUUGAGCUACAAAGAGGUAAAAGUGACUCAUGAGUGGCAUAUUUUUUAUUGUUUUUCAAUUAUUUUUUUUUUGUUUUUGUUUUAAAGUAUGGCAAGAGAAAACUUUUUGUCUGAAAUGAAUACUGGUGGAAGGUUUUGUGAUUAUGUGUAAUAAAAUAUAUGUUAUGUAGCCAC